AUGGGCGGUUGCUUCGUACCUGGCUGCAACCAUCGAAGUGAGAGAGAUUCCUGCAAGUUCUUCAGUGGUGGGGACGCCAUAUUGAGAGCAGACAGAGAGCCAGGAACAUACUCUCGUAUAUGCAGUUGCCAUUUCAAGGACGGAAAGAAGAGCAAUGUGCCUACGAUUUUCCCUUGGAAUGAGAAAAAACGUUUCCAGUUUCCAGACAUAAAAAGCGGGAGGAGGUGA